AUGGGGAAUCCUUCCACUUCCUUGGAAGUGGCUGAGCUCCGAUCGGAUUCUGGGGGGGGCUCAAUAUUACUCGAUUCGGAGCCGACGGUGGAACACUUGGCUGUCGGAACCACUCUACAAGCAUCAAGUGGAAAAAUGGAGAUUGCUACUCCUGCGGGCGGGGCGAGUCCGAGGAGCAUCUCUUCCCGGCUGGAGAAAGUACAGAUCGACAGGGCGACCGAUAACGAGCAAUCGCUUAAGGGUGGCAGUGUUGACUGUAUGGACUCCGACGUCGAGAGGGAUCUUCUUGACUCAGAGGCCGACAUAGCUUGCCAGGAGGAAGCAAGAUCCAAAAAGAAAGAGAUGACGGCAGCUCAAAAGGCUAGGAAAGCCUACAGAAAUGCCCUGUCAUUUCUAAAAAAGAUGGAUAACAAGAAGGAUGAGGAACUGACCACCAGGGACAGGGACCUCAUCAAACUAAACAAGAAAAAGGUCUCCAAAUUUGAAGCCAAACAACAGCAACAAAAACUGGAGACAAUCACCGAAGAAAGAGAGGUAGCAAGGACUAAGCCGGCAAAAAAGCUACAGAGGGCCAACGCUACGGUGGAAUCUCCAAAGCCGGACAAACCCAAUUUGCCACCUUCCGAAAGGAAAACGGUAAAGAGGGUGCGAUCGGGCGACGGAGAGGAAAGCGAAGCAAAAAGGGUCAAGCCCUCGAUAAGCUUCGAUUCGCCCGAGGACUGUCGGAUUGCCAUCAUAGAUCGUUCUGAUCCGGAUGGCAGGAUGACGGCCGAAAGGUGGAUGGAGGUGGAAACGAGGGUUCUGCUGGCCAUAGCCGAGCUGGAUGGAGAUAGUUGCGGGGAGGUUGACUUCGACGGGGCCGGCUGGCAGAAGGGCGUCAAAGUUGUUGGAUGCAGCAACAGAAAGUCACGCGACUUUCUAACGCAAGUCAUCGGCAGCUGCGGCGAGCUCUGGCAGGGGGCCCAACUCGAGGUCAUCCAGAUGUCGCAACUACCGCUGAGGAAGAAAAUCUCACUAUGGAUCCCACCUCCGGUUCCGGAAGGAGACGAUACCGUGGUGAAGAUUUUGGGCAAACAGAAUAAAGGCCUGAAGACUCAAAGCUGGAGGAUUAUCUCAUCGGCCAAGAGUCAAAAUGGCAAAGGAAAGGACUUCGUCUUCACGAUUGAUGACGAGUCUAUGGACACUCUUAGGAAGUCAAAAGGAAGCAUCAAAUUCGGCUUGGGUACGCUGAAAGCGAGGCUUCCAAAUGACAAGAGCAGCGCAACGGCCAGGGCUUCAGGUGGUUCAGAUUAAUCUGAAUCACUGCGAGGCGGCCACGGAGGACUUGAUGCUGUUCAUGACUGAAAAGAAUGUGGAUGUGGCCCUGGUCCAAGAGCCCUGGCUUGCAAAGGACAGGGUUCGAGGACUAAGGACCAAGGAGUAUACCCUGCUACAUUCUCAGACUGCAGCACAAAUGACCUGACCGUGGCGACCUGCGAGAGCCAGGGGAACAUGAAGCUUCUUCUGGCUUCUGCAUACAUGCCAUAUGAUGAGGCUGAACCACCACCAGAGGCCGUCCAAAACCUGGUAUUGGUAGCCAGGAAGCAGGGCAGACAACUGGUGAUAGGAUGCGAUGCCAAUGGACACCACAUCCAAUGGGGAAGCAAGGAUAUAAAUGAGAGAGGUGAGUCAAUAAUGGA